CAAGACGCCCUCUAUUGGCAGGUCGAAUUAAUCGCUGGCGAUUGUCAAUCCGUCAGUCGCCAGGAACCAUCUAUUUUGCCCUGGAAACUACAGUUUCAUUGCAAAAAUGGAGGAUUCAAAGAGUAGUGACCAGCUAUUAUGUCCGUGUGGGUUUUACGGAUCAGCAAAGACCAUGGGACUCUGUUCAAAAUGCUACAAAGAAAAGUCAAAAGAUGUAAUGAAAAGUGCACCAGAUCACAUGAUUCCAACAAGUGAGCCAGCUUGUGUGUCAGUCAGUUCAACCUUUCCAGAAGCAAGCAGCUCAAAGGAAGAUAUUAGUGAUAAAGUACAAUUAAAUAAUAUAUGUGGUACUAAUAAUAGUACAAAUGGGACUGUGAUUAACACAAAUGAUAAAAAUACAAAUGGGAAUAAUUCACCUUCACCUACAUGUAGUACCUCAACUGAAAAUGCAGGACUGUCACCAGAAAAGAAAGGCAGUAAAAGGGAUAUAUCAAAUGUUGAAGCAGAUUCCACACCUGAAUCAACCCCAGAAAAACAAAGUCAGAAAGUGAAGAAAAGGUGUUUUCAAUGUAAAUGUAAACUAGAAUUGGCACAACGCCAGAUUGGAAGAUGUAAAUGUGACAAUGUAUUCUGUGCAUUACAUAGACUUCCAGAGUUACAUAAUUGUGAUUUUGACCACAAAGAAGAUGGCCGACGAGAGGCAAGAGAAAAAAUGGUCAAACCAGUCAGACAUCUAGGAACAUCAUUCAAACGUCUUGAUACUGAUACCUGAGGGACUGCAAAAACCGUUAACAGAUGCAACUUGAUAUGCAACCUGCUUCCAACAAAAAAUUGAUAAUGACAAUAAAUUAAUAUUUCACGGAAGUGUGAAACAUACUUCUACUGUUUAUGCAUGAAAAUUUGAAUUUGAAGUUUUUUUGUCUGUUGCACAGCUAUUUAACCCAUUUUAUGUAGAAUGUUGAUGCUGUGUAAUAAAAUAUGCUAGAGGUGUGAUUUCUUUGAUGGUGAACAUUUGAAAGAGUAGUAAUACACUGAACUAUUUAUACUAUUUUCUUUGUAUGUCAUUAGAAGAACACAUUGACCAUGUUGACCAAUGACUGCUAAAAAUAGUAAUACUGAAAACUGGGAAAUAUUUGUGACUUCUAUAUUUUCAUUAUAUACCAGCAAGAUCUUAUGUCAGUGAAAAUAAAUGCA